CAAUACCUAGGUAUACUCCUCAGUCCCACGGCAAUGUUUCGCAACAUCACCAAGCAAACACAAUGGCGAACCCCAAGCCCCGCGCCGACACGCCUCUUCCCUCCGUAAUGCAGCCUCAAAAGAAAGAAACCUUUGGCAACCUCGCCCCAUGGAGCGAACCGUCGUGGUACUCCGCCCUCGCCUCUCCCUACUACAACGACUCGCAUAAGAAACUACGCAAUGCGCUUCGCACAUACAUCGACACGAAUAUAAAGCCGUACAUGCUAGAAUGGGAGGAAGAAGGCGAGGCUCCAGCCCAAGAACGGCACAAAUGGGCGCAGACUGGUUACGCAUUCGCGGACGUGCCAGAACCGUAUCGCCCACGCAAUGUUCCCGGUCCUGCGGGCAUACCGGUCGGCGACUUGGACUUAUUCCAUCUGUUGAUCAUGACGGAUGAGAAUAGUAGGAUAGAGGGCGGUGUAGGCACUGCUCUGGGUGGUGGUAGCGUGAUUGGUGCGCCGCCGAUUGUACAUCAUGGAACUGAGGAGCAGAAGAAGAAGUGGUUGCCGGGCCUGUUUACAUGGGAAACGAGCUUCUGUCUGGGCAUUACUGAGCCGAGUGGUGGAUCCGACGUCGCGAACCUCCAAACUACUGCAAUCAAAACCGAAGACGGAAAAUACUACAUUGUAAACGGCUACAAGAAAUGGAUCACUGGCAUGCCAUGGGCCACACACAUGACGACUGCCGUUCGCACUGGAGGACCGGGGGCUACUGGUAUCUCCGUCCUCGUCAUUCCAACUGACUCAUCCGGACUCACACACCGCCGCAUUCCCAACUCAGGACAAAAAGGUGGAGGCGCAAGCUUCGUGGAGAUGGACGAUGUCCGCGUCCCUGUAUCCAACCUUGUUGGCAAGGAGAACGAAGGCUUCCGCAUCGUCAUGACCAACUUCAACAAAGAACGCUACAUCAUGAGCAUAGGCUGCAACAGAAAAGCGCGAACGUGUCUGAGCGAAUCUUUCCACUACGCACACAAGCGCCACACAUUCGGCAAACCCCUCAUCUCCAACCAGAUCAUUGCCCACAAACUCGCUACAAUCGGUCGCUAUGUAGAGAGCCACUGGGCCUGGCUCGAACAACUCGCAUACCAUAUCCAGCAAUCUCCGCUCGGCUGGCAGGAUCCGGAGAUUGCGGGCCAAAUCGCCUUGUGCAAAGUACACGGUGGCCGUAUACUCGAGAUGGCGAACCGAGAGGCGCAGCAGAUCUUCGGUGGUGCUGGGUAUCAGAAGGCCGGGCCUGGAGCUAUUGUUGAGCAGAUUAGUCGGGAUCUGAGGAUGAUGGUUGUUGGUGGCGGCAGUGAGGAAAUUAUUGCGGACCUGGCUGUCAGACAGGAGACGGCACUUUCAAAGAAACGGGGGUGGAAAUUGUGAAUCGAUACAUACCAUGGCGCUAUGAUACUAAAUUACAUCCUGCUGGAGUCAUGAAAGUACCGUGAUGCUAUGUUCACUUUGUGGGUUUCCCAACAGUAACGGGUGCUUACAGUAACCAAAACCCCCUUGUUGAUACACAUGACAGCGUAGGUAUAAUACCCGGGAGAUUUUGCCCAGGUGUGUACGUCGGGCGUUGUGAGUUGUCCAGGUACUUUGUACGAUCGAUGGAUCACACGCGAUCCGAAGGUCCAUGUGCCCGUUGGCUACGUGACUUG